AAUUUAUCAAGUGACACCUCAUGGAGAAGCGGCAUCUGCUGAUUAUGCAACAAUUGUUAGAGCCAGAUCAAACACUGGCAACAUGACGUUUUCAGGUCGUAAAAAAAACAAAGAACGUUUAUCAAUUGCAUUAUGUGCAAAUACAGAUGGGUCUCAUAAACUAAACCCCUUAGUAAUUGGAAAAUAUGCUAAACCACGAUACUUCAAGAAUAUUAAUAUCCGAAACUUACCUAUGAAAUUCUAUAACAACACUAAGACAUGGAUGCUUGCAGUCUAUUUUCAAAACUGGUUAAAAGAUUUUGAUACACAGAUGGCAAAAAAAAUAUAA